AUGUUGAUGCCCAAAAAGAACCGGAUCGCCAUCUAUGAACUCCUGUUUAAGGAGGGGGUGAUGGUGGCCAAGAAGGAUGUCCACAUGCCCAAACACCCCGAGCUGGCAGACAAGAACGUGCCCAACCUUCAUGUCAUGAAGGCGAUGCAGUCGCUGAAGUCGCGAGGCUAUGUGAAGGAGCAAUUUGCAUGGAGGCAUUUUUACUGGUAUCUCACCAACGAGGGCAUCCAGUAUCUACGGGAUUACCUCCACUUACCUCCGGAGAUCGUGCCUGCCACCCUGCGCCGUAGCCGUCCUGAAACUGGCAGGCCUCGGCCCAAAGGUCCAGAAGGUGAGCGACCUGCAAGAUUCACAAGAGGGGAGGCAGACAGAGACACCUACAGGAGGAGUGCUGUGCCCCCUGGUGCCGACAAGAAAGCUGAGGCAGGAGCUGGCUCAGCCACAGAAUUCCAGUUUAGAGGAGGCUUUGGUCGUGGACGUGGUCAGCCGCCCCAGUGACCUUGAAAUUAUUUGAAUAAACUUUGAGAAAAAUGUG